GCUUCAGUACAGUCAGUCAGAAAAGCGGACUCGAACCGCGCGGACGCGCGGCACGUCGGUGCUUGUAGUUUUUUAGUUUGACAGUUGGCGCGUUUUUGGUUUCGGUUCAACUAGAUAUUUGAUGUGAAAAUCAUAGAUUUUAAGUUAGUGUAAUCUGUGUAUUUUCUAUUUACUUCUAGUGUACAACUAGUCAUUGUGAAUUUUCCACGGCCGGCUGUGAAUUGAGUGGUUGCGCUUGUGAACUAUCGUCUUGCGUUUUUGUGCAGAUUUUGUGAUUCCAACAUUGGAAUAUUGCUUCUGGGAGGUGAAUAUUCUGCUGCCGGGAACGACAGAGGUCGCCACCUGCAGCAUAAUAGGGAGCCAUACGCCGCGGCGGAAAGACGGGUGCGACACGCACUCGUGAGCUAGAGGGUUGUCGGGCGUGGUGCGGGCGGCGGCCGCGAGCCCGGCACCAUGGCGACGGUGGAGGGGCGGCCGGCGCAGUAUGGCGUCUCGCUCCGGCAGCUUCGGGAGCUGAUGGAGUCCCGCGGCGCCGAGGGCCUGGCCAAGAUCAACGCGCUCGGUGGUCCGCAGGAGUUGUGCAAGAAGCUGUACACAUCGCCCACAGAUGGUCUUAGCGGUUCGAAAGCGGACCUGCAGCAUCGGCGCGAGGUGUUCGGUUCAAACCUUAUCCCGCCGAAACCUCCCAAGACCUUCUUGACGUUAGUAUGGGAGGCACUGCAGGACGUGACACUGAUCAUCUUGGAGGUGGCCGCCGUCGUCUCCCUAGGGUUGAGUUUCUACAAGCCGUCCGAUGACGCAAGUGAUCCUGCUCAUCUGGACGAAGAGGAAGGCCACUAUCAAUGGAUCGAGGGUCUGGCGAUCUUAAUAUCUGUCAUAGUCGUCGUUAUAGUCACAGCGUUCAACGAUUAUACGAAAGAACGGCAAUUCAGAGGACUCCAGUCUCGGAUAGAGGGUGAACACAAGUUUGCAGUAAUCCGAGGGAGCGAAGUGAAACAGGUGGCGAUCAGCGACAUAGUCGUAGGCGAUAUCUGUCAAAUCAAAUAUGGUGACUUGCUGCCCGCCGAUGGACUGCUGCUUCAGAGUAACGACCUAAAGAUCGACGAGUCAUCGCUGACGGGCGAGUCGGACCAUGUCAAAAAGGGUGAAUCUUUUGAUCCCAUGGUGCUAUCUGGUACUCACGUUAUGGAAGGCUCUGGCAAAAUGCUUGUGACAGCGGUAGGUGUGAACUCACAAGCCGGCAUCAUCUUCACACUACUCGGUGCCGCUGUGGACAAGCAGGAGAAAGAAAUUAAACAGAUGAAAAAAGAAGCUAAAAAGCAGCAACGAAAAGGAACCCAACGCAAGAGUUUGUCCGGGGACGAGGAUGCAACACUGCCAGCGUCGGGCAACAGCCACGGCGCAAACCACGCGCGGCCUGACGACAACCACGUGCCCGCCCCGGCGGUCGACAAGCCUGCCGCCGAGGCUGGACAUAAGAAGGAAAAGUCGGUCUUACAGGCUAAGCUUACUAAAUUGGCUAUUCAGAUUGGUUACGCCGGCUCCACCAUUGCGGUUCUCACUGUCAUCAUCUUAGUCAUCCAAUUCUGUGUGUAUACCUUUGUUCAACAACAAAAGAAAUGGAGCGCAGUAUAUGUCAACAACCUUGUCAAACAUCUCAUCAUUGGUGUCACCGUAUUGGUGGUCGCUGUACCUGAAGGUCUACCGCUUGCUGUUACCCUCUCUCUGGCUUACUCCGUAAAGAAAAUGAUGAAAGACAAUAAUCUGGUACGGCACUUGGAUGCGUGCGAGACGAUGGGUAAUGCGACUGCCAUCUGUUCAGACAAAACGGGAACCCUCACCACCAACCGAAUGACGGUCGUACAAUCAUACAUCUGUGAGAAGUUGUGCAAAGUUAUCCCCAACUUUAGGGAUAUACCCUCCGAAGUUGGAGAGACACUCGUCGAGGGUAUAUCUGUCAACAGUGCGUUCACUUCUAGAAUUAUGCCGUCUCAAGACCCGACCGGCCCACCAAUGCAAGUCGGCAACAAGACGGAAUGCGCUCUUCUCGGGUUCGUUGUCGCAUUAGGUCAAAGCUACGACGCAGUCAGGGAGCGACAUCCCGAGGAAUCCUUCACCAGGGUCUACACCUUCAACAGUGUACGCAAGAGCAUGUCCACAGUCAUACCGUACAAAGGCGGCUACCGGUUAUACACAAAGGGGGCUUCCGAGAUCGUUCUCAAGAAAUGCGCAUUCAUCUAUGGACACGAGGGCCGGCUGGAGAAGUUCACGCGUGACAUGCAGGAGCGGCUCGUGCGACAGGUUAUCGAGCCAAUGGCGUGCGACGGCCUCAGGACCAUAUCGGUGGCCUUCAGGGACUUCGUGCCGGGCAAGGCGGAGAUCAACCAGGUGCACAUAGACCAGGAGCCGAACUGGGACGACGAGGACAACAUAGUGAACAACCUGACCUGCCUCUGCGUAGUCGGUAUCGAGGAUCCAGUCAGGCCCGAGGUGCCGGAAGCCAUCCGCAAGUGCCAAAAGGCGGGCAUCACGGUGCGCAUGGUGACUGGUGAUAACGUGAACACGGCCCGCUCCAUCGCCAUCAAGUGCGGCAUACUCAAACCGUCGGACGACUUCCUCAUACUCGAAGGCAAAGAGUUCAACAGGCGGAUUAGGGAUAGCAACGGCGAGGUCCAACAACAUCUAAUAGACAAAGUGUGGCCCAAGUUACGCGUACUGGCACGCUCCUCCCCAACCGACAAAUACACGCUAGUUAAAGGAAUGAUCGAGUCGAAGGCGUUCGACACUCGCGAAGUAGUCGCCGUCACCGGCGACGGGACCAAUGACGGGCCGGCGCUGAAGAAGGCUGACGUUGGAUUCGCUAUGGGCAUCGCUGGCACAGACGUAGCGAAGGAGGCGUCCGACAUCAUCCUGACCGACGACAAUUUCUCGUCGAUCGUGAAGGCGGUGAUGUGGGGCCGCAACGUGUACGACUCGAUCGCCAAGUUCCUCCAGUUCCAGCUGACCGUCAACGUGGUGGCCGUCAUCGUGGCCUUCAUCGGCGCCUGCGCGAUACAGGACAGCCCGCUCAAGGCGGUGCAAAUGUUAUGGGUGAACCUGAUCAUGGACACGCUAGCGUCGCUCGCGCUCGCCACCGAAAUGCCCACGCCUGACCUGCUGCAACGAAAGCCGUACGGACGGACCAAGGCGCUCAUCAGCCGCACCAUGAUGAAGAAUAUCCUCGGACAGGCCAUAUACCAGUUGUUCAUAAUAUUCGCGCUGCUGUUUGUUGGCGACAUCCUGCUGAAUAUCCCAUCGGGGCGCGGACAGCCGCUGGGCACCGAACCGACUCAGCACUUUACCAUCAUCUUCAACACGUUCGUGAUGAUGACUCUCUUUAACGAGAUCAACGCGCGAAAGAUUCACGGCCAAAGGAACGUGUUCCAAGGCCUCUUCACCAACCCUAUAUUCUACUCCAUAUGGAUCGGAACGGCGUUAUCGCAGGUAAUCAUAAUCCAAUUCGGCGGCAUGGCGUUCAGCACGGCCGGCCUCUCGAUAGACCAGUGGCUGUGGUGCCUGUUCUUCGGCGCUGGCACCCUCGUCUGGGGACAACUCGUCACCACCGUGCCCACUAGGAAGAUACCAAAGACUCUCACAUGGGGCCGCGGUCAGCCAGACCCUGAGACGAUCCAGCCGGGGCCGGAUUACGACGCUGACCUGGACAAGAAGCCCCGCGCGGGCCAGAUCCUCUGGAUCCGGGGGCUCACCAGGCUGCAGACGCAGCAAAAGGCGGACAUAUUGGCCGGCCGCAGGAUAUUUGUCAAUAAUUAUUUGGCGGAGCACCGGAGGAUCAGCGUGCAAUCCGGCGGGAGCUCGCUGCCCGCGCUCAGCCCCACAUCGCAUCAAAGCGAUGAAUAAAAUGUCCCCAAUAUAUAUAUAACCAAACCAUUCAAAACAAUACAAAAAAAAAACAAAGCCGGAGACGCAAUACUCCGCGAACGAUCUAAAACAACGACGCUCUGCAGGUUUCUAUACUGUUAACAGUCCAAACGUAACAAAAUUAUUACUGCCAAUAAAACAAAUAUAAUAUAAAAUUAUAUAAAUUAUAUUCUAAAUAAUUCAUGGAAUUCUUAUUAUUAAAUUAAACAAAACCUUUCUAAAACUUCUUAAAAUGUAAAUGCGGUAGAUAUCGUGAGGUUAUAAUGUGUACUAAAAUAUUUAGAUUUAAGAGAAAUAUUAGUGAAAUUGCAAAAUAUAUUUGAAUAGAUUUGUAUGUAAUUAUUAUGGUGCACCAUUGUUUCGGUCGGAUAUCUUAGAUUUUUAGUAGUGUCAUCUGUUUCAUUGCCAAUAUAAAAUUAAAAUUGAAAAAAAAAAUCGGAACACACACUUUCUGAUGUAUUUAUUUUUUACUAAAGAUAUUGUCAAAUAAAAAUUACUUUCUGUAAAUACAUACUUAUAUAUACUUUCAUCCUUUUGUAAUUAAUAUUAUUAUAAUAUUUAUAUUUGUUAUAAAACUAAAGUAUAAAGUACAUAAUAUGAAAAAAAAACGUGCCAUUUUUUAUAUAAAUAGAAAAAAAAAUAACAUAUUCACAAUUUGUGCUACUCAAGUGCUUUUAUAAACGUUUUUAAACUAGGAUGAUAUUUAAAUUUGCUUGUUAUCGGUUUAUUUGUUUUAUUUGUAUUUUGAAAGAAUGCCAUUUUUUUUAGAUGUGUGUCGAUACCGUGAACUGAUCAUGUUUAAGUGUUAUUUAGAUAUAUAUAUAUAUAUAUGUUUUUAUAGCGGCUCGAAGCUCGUUGUGUAACUCCUUUAUAAUUGUGUACCGUAGUGUGUGCAGUGGAUCCUUGUAUGUCUACAAACACUACCGACACACGACCUGCUAAUUCUUAAUUUAACUUUGUUUUUGUUGAUUUCUUUUAUAGUUUACAGAUUUUAGCAAAAUGUAGUGCAAAUAGCAAAAUUGAAUGCAUAGUGCUGGUGGUUAGCACUAGGUUUUAAAUAGAUGCUGCCGAAUGCAUGGAGAUAAGAGACGGUUGAAUCAACAAAGAAAGCAAUAAGCAAGAUACCUUAGCUACUUAUUUCAAGUGUCGUGGUAAUGGUACGUGUACAUAGAGUAUAAAUAUUGAACGUAUAGUACAGUAGUCCGAAACUGAACGGUACACCGUUACCACGAUACGCCACUGUGACCUUCUUUAUACACUAUACACAAUUCUCUAUAACUCUCUGGUCUUCCAUACUUUCCUAUUCUUAUUUCUUUAUCAUUCUUUUUUUCUUUUCUUAUCCAAGGUAUCGGAUGUCAAGCAAAUUUAACUAUCCGUCGAUAUGUACCUACGGUGGGAUAUUAGUAUAUCAUAUAACGUUUAUAUGUUAAGUAUAAUAGCUAAAGUAUAAUUAUUGCUGUGUAUUAAUUAAUACUUAAAUGAAAAACUCGUCUAAAGCACUUCGUGUAGUGUUUAAAUCGUUGCCUGCUACAUGAAUGUUAAGAUUUAAAUAUAAUAUACAUAAAAUAUUAUAUUAAAAUAUAAAUGAUUAAUCGUGUCUUGGUGUACCUUAAAACCAAAAUUAGAUGUAAAAUUAUUUUUCAUUGAAAGAUAACUAAAUACGCUUAUAGUGAGUACUCACACGCCGAAUAGUGGAUUCUAAUAUCACUAAUAUCAUAGUGAAGCAUGAUCUCCUGCUAUACCUACCUACCUAAACUGGUACUGUCUGUUAAAUGAUUAUUUCUAACGCUUCUUGUCUCUUAAAAUUUAGUAAUAAAGUAUCUAUAUUCCAAAGUAACUUUCAUUUCACCCAACUGUGCCACGUUGCGGAGCGCUGCAUAUUAAGGUAACUGGCCAUCAUGGGAACUGAUGUUGUAUCGAUGUUGGUCCAAAUGUUUGUUGUUGGCGGCCCGUGGCCCCCAUGGGCCCGUGUAUGUCGUACGGUCUAGAUCGAUGUUAGACUCGCUUAGCGCUUACACGCUACUGUACUGUAGAUAUGUAGCAUCACCAAACUAGAUGAAACAAAGUGACGUCACUGCAUACACUCCGUGCAUCAUCUCAGAAUAUUCGAGUAGCUCCUCGAACUCGUGUGUAUGCGUUGACUACGUUCCUAUAUAUAUAUAUAUGGAUUGGACUGUUCGUAGCUUCUUAGUGAUCUGCCAUGAAACAUGUAAAUAGUCCCACACAUUUAGGGUUCUGUUAGAAACGUUAAAAUAGAUAUGUAGGUAACUCAGUUGUUUAUUUGCAAAAUCACAAUGUCCAUUUAUAUGCUUUUGUAUAUAGUUGUUAUUAUGUAGCUUAUUAGUGAUUUAGCGACUGACCAAGAUUUAUAUCAUCGUAUAGAUAUCUGGUAUGUGAGCGACGACGUCGAAACUAUGUGUGCUUCACUAUCACUAGAUCAUAAUAGUUGGCAUGAAGAUAACAUGAACACGACACAUACACACACACACAUACACGAGUGCCGUUCAUUAAGUACUCACACACAUACACAGCAGCACAAAAACAACUGUUUCUUUUUUAAUGAUUAUUACAUAAAUACAUUGAUCUGGAUGUACCACGCUUCACGGAGCUCGCAACGACCAAUGUUGGAUAAAACCAUAUAAAUGUUCGAUGUCCAUGUAUCAAUGUUUAAAUAUUAUGUUAAGUUCUUUAUGUUCUUAUUGUUUAUAUGAGUUGACGUUUCCAAACGAAGUAACGGAGCCCUGGAUGGAAAAUGUAUAAAAUAAAGAAUAGUUUUAAGUGCACAACCCAUGAAUGUGCUUCUUAAGGUAAUAAAUAGGACGAACCCUGCGUUAUAUAUUAUUUUGUUUUACUCUGUAUUUAUAUUUAUAUAUAUAUCUUCUUCCUAUAAUAUAUUCAUCGCUUCGCGAGGCGCACUGCUUCGUCAGUCCCUGAUUUCUAUACUUUCUGAUAUACACAUUGUUGGUGAUAAUACUUCCACUGCUUAUCGAACGCCCUUCUAAAUUGUGUUUUAAUCAUUUUUAUAUGUAUCAUGAAUUAUUUCAUUAUAUAUAUUAUAUUUAUACAAAAUAAUAUAUAAUUAUAUAUUAUACAAUUUAUAUUUAGAAUCGCGUUCGAUAUCAAGCACCGCAAAUAUCUAUGUACAAUAUCUAUUCCUAUACAGCCGGGCGGCUGCCCGCAGUCCUAAUUUCUCUCUUCGUGUCGUGACUCUUUACUUCAUGUUCUCGUUUUUAUUUUCUUUUCCAUGAAUACCCCAUUG